CAUGGAAAAGUAAUAUUUUAUCACGUUUCAUAAUGAAAUACUAUCUGUCUUUUAGCAGCUUUAGUUUUUCUUCCAACUGUCAUUGAUGGUGUAAUAAGAUUCGGUAGCCCAACUGCACUACUACAAGUACAGCACAUCUACAAACUGAUAUGAAUGAUAUAAUGAUUGGUUUUGUGCUACUGUUGUUGCUUGUAGCAGCACAGGCAUCAAUCAAUGGAGAUACUAUAAAAAGAUCAGAUUUCCCAGAUGGGUUUCUGUUUGGAGUCUCUACUUCCGCCUAUCAAAUUGAAGGGGCUUAUCUUGAAGAUGGUAAAAGUGUCAACAAUUGGGAUGCUUUUUCGCUCUCGCCAAGCAACAUUGAAGAUGGGGGGAACGGAUUCGUUGCCGAUGAUCACUACCAUCGCUACCUGGAGGAUAUAGAGACCAUACAGUCUCUUGGUGUAGAUGCUUACCGCUUCUCUAUAUCGUGGGCUAGAAUUCUUCCAAGAGGAAGAUUUGGUGAGGUUAAUCCAAAUGGGAUUUUGUUCUAUAACAAAAUAUUAAAUGAUCUUUUACUGAGAGGAAUUACACCAUUUGUAACAAUUUACCAUUUUGAUUUCCCUCAAGAACUUCAAGAGCGAUAUGGGUCGUGGCUCAGCCCGUUAAUGCAGGAAGAUUAUGUCCACUUUGCAGAAACAUGCUUCAAGAACUUUGGUGACAGAGUAAAGCAUUGGAUCACUAUCAAUGAGCCAAAUUUAUUUACACAAAUGGCCUAUAAAAAUGGAAAGUAUCCUCCUGCCCGUUGUUCACCACCGUUUGGCAAUUGCUCAGCUGGAAAUUCAGACGUCGAGCCUCUAAUUGUUGUGCAUAACAUGCUAUUAGCACAUGGAAAGGCUAUGAAGAUAUACCGAAGAAAUUAUCAGCAAAAACAAGGUGGGAUAGUUGGCAUUGUUGUAGAUUGUUUAAUGUAUGAGCCUCUGACAGAUAAUGAUCUUGAUCAAGAAGCUGCUAACAGGGGUCUCGCUUUCUAUAUUGGCUGGGUGUUGGACCCGCUAAUUUUUGGUGAUUACCCAUCGGAGAUGCGCCAGUAUCUUGGAAAUCAACUGCCAAGAUUUUCCAGUGCAGAAAGUAACUUUAUGAAAGACGGUAUUGACUUUAUUGGGGUCAACCAUUACACAACUGCAUAUGCAAAAGAUUGCAUUAAUUCUACUUGUAGUUUAACGGGAAACCGCGCAAUUAAUGGCUUUGUGGAUACGACUAGAGAACGUGAUGGUAUUCCAAUUGGUGAACCGACGGGAAUAGAAGUAUUGCGCGUAGUUCCAAGAGGCAUGCGGGAAAUGAUAGAGUAUCUAAAGAAGAGAUAUGACAACAAACCCAUGUUUGUCACUGAAAAUGGGUAUUCUGAACCGUUAGCGGAAAAUGAAAAUCAGAAUGUACUUCAAGACAACAAGCGCGUAGAAUAUCACAAAAUGUACUUGUCUUCUUUGGCCCAAGCAAUCAGUGAUGGUGCUGAUGUAAGAGGAUAUUUUGUGUGGACACUUAUGGAUGAUUUUGAAUGGGUUCAUGGGUACCUUCCCACAUUCGGGUUGCACUAUGUUGAUCGCGAAACACUAAAUCGGAUCCCCAAGUUGUCUGCAAAAUGGUAUCAAGAUUUUUUGAACCCGCGAUAUAUUAGAGAAUAUAUUAGUUAGAGUUUUAGUACAGUUGCCACUUGCCACAACCAUAUUGUAUAAAUGGGCUUAUGUAUAGUAGGGUUCUCAUGUUACACCUAUUCAUAGUUGUGUAAUAGAUAACACCUACAUGUUCAUUGUUUAGACUAAAGAAUUGAAUAAAAGAUUCAUAAAGAUUUGUUUA